AUGCGCCUCGCCUGGCCGCGACUCCGCGUUUCACAGGCCCAAUCGGCCUUUGCAGAAGGCAAUGCGCGAUGGACCAACCGUGACUUAGAUCCGAUCCCGCAGUUGGCACGGAAAUGGGGCGUCUGGAGCUUAGUAGCGACAUGGCAGUUUGCCAGCAGUAUCAUCGCCGUUGGUCUCACCUACAAGGAGGCCAUUGCCAUCGUGGCCAUCGGGUUCUUCAUCAUGUCCUUCGUGAUCGCCGGUAAUGGGGCUGUCGGGGCCAUCUAUCACGUCCCUUUCCCUGUGAUCGCUCGUGCCAGUUGGGGUUUCUGGGGUUCAUACAUUGCGAUUAUCUCUCGUGUCAUUCUGGCUAUCUUCUGGUUUGCGAUUCAGAAUGUGAACGGUGGCAAUGCCGUGCGGGUCAUGCUCGGCGCCAUCUGGCCGAGCUACUUGACCUUGCCAAAUGGAAUUCCCCAGUCCCAGGGCAUCACGACCAAUGGGAUGGUCGCCUUUCUCAUCUUCUGGCUUGUUCAAUUCCCCUUUCUCUGCAUUCAUCCGAAUAAGCUGCGCUGGUUGUUCGCCGUCAAGUCGGUUCUCGUGCCUAUCGCCUGGAUUGCCAUGUUGAUCUGGGCUUUUGUAUCCGAGAAGGACGGUGGAGGUGUCUUUGCCCAACAAACUGCGACUGUCUCGGGAUCUCAAUACAGUUGGCUCUUUUUGGCAAGCAUGACUUCGGUCCUGGGCAACUAUGCGACUCUCAGUGUCAACCAGUCGGAUUUCUCUCGUUACUCUCGCGUCAACCCUCGCUGGCAGCUCCUCUACAUCCCGAUGCUGCCAAUUAUCUUUACGUUGAUCGCUUUCAUCGGUAUUGCGGCUUCAUCUGCUGGCCAGACUAAAUACAAACUCGCCGCCAUUCCCUGGGACCCAACUGUCCUGAUCAGCUACUGGCCCAACCGCGCCUGUCGCUUCUUCGGCGCUGCCUCCUUUGCACUAGCAUCCCUGGGAGUGAAUAUCUCCGCCAAUUCCCUGUCUGCCGCAAAUGACUUCACCGCACUCGCUCCUGAAUACAUCAACAUCCGUCGCGGCCAGAUCCUCUGUGCGUUGCUGUCUUGGGCCCUCGUGCCAUGGAAGAUUCUUGAAUCGGCCGGGAAUUUUUUGCAUUUCAUGUCAGCGUAUGCCAUCUUCCUCGGCCCCAUCGCUGCAAUUAUGCUGUUUGAUUUCUGGGUCGUCAAUAAGCGCAAGUAUGAUGUUCUUGCGCUAUACCAGCCCCGGAACCCCAUCUAUCGUUACAGCUGUGCCAUCCCCGGACUUUCAGGCAAAGUCGUCUCCGGCUUCAACUGGCGUGCCCUGGUGGCUUUCAUUGUGGGUGUCACGCCCAAUUUGCCAGGUCUGAUUAAUGCCGUGACCCCGAGCAUCGAUGUCGGCGUAGGUGUUCAUCCCUAUCAGUUCGGUUGGUUGCUGGGCUUUUUGGCUACGACUUGUGUCUACUUGGCAUUGUCACAUUGGUUCCCUGAGCGUGAUGCGCAGAUUGAGCGUGCCGUUCUUCCUGAUGAGAUCUAUGAGGAGAGAGUCGCUGUGGUGGAAGGUGUGGAGACGGAUAGUUGCGAUCGAGUGCAGGUUACGAGGGAUGAGAAAUCACUCGCAGGAAUGGCUGCGGAGAAGAAAUUAUAG